CCAGUGAAAGAGGAAGUGCAGCCUCGCUGCUUGCGCUCAAUUGAAAGUACGCCAUAAAUAUGGCGCCAAAAGAGUUUUCAAGCUGAGGCUCUCGGCUGAAUUCGUCCAGGUUUUUGCAGGGGAGGGGGCUCCUGUUUGCUUCCCUCCUGUCCGGGGCAAGAGCAGGAGGACCGCGGCGGUUUGGCGGAGGAGCGUCCACCGCGCACGGAGGCGAGGCGGUGAAGAAGAGGAGAGCUGGCCGCUGUGUUUUGGAAGAAGAAGAGGAACAGGAGGACAUUGCGAAACUGGAUUGCAAUCUUUUCUCUGAGUCAUCGUUUGGACUUAAAGCAUCCGUCUGCCCCCCCACCACCACCACCCCGUGCUCUACCCUUUGGCAGCGGGGAAGGACCCAUGUUUGAUUCCUAUCACUCCUUUGCACGCCGCUUCCCUGCAAAAUGCGACAUGCUUUCCAGUGAGCGGCAUGUUGAGCGCUGCGCCCCGCUCGGCGCGCACUGAAAGGCGGCUGCGGCGGCGGCGACACCCCGGCCUCUGGCAUCCGUGACCCGGAGCCUCCCACUCGCACUUUUCCCUUUUGGAUCGGCUCCGUCUUUAAGCGGAGCUGUCGGCGUGCGGGGACCGGGGAGGGAGGGAGGGGGGCGGGGAGGGUCCUGUCACCCACCCGCUGACUUCAACCACCGGAAACACAAGAUUGAAGCCAUCAAAAGUGCACGUGCGUCUCUGCUGAUGCUCCAGCAACCUUUGGGAAUAUCUCAUCUUCUUCUGGACAAGAUGGAGAGUGAGAGGAAGAGGAGGAAGUACUCCACCAGCAGCAACGACUCCGACACCACAGACAGUCAGGUGACAUCGUGGUCGAGGUCGUGUAAGAACGUGGCCACCAGCAUCACGUGGGUCCGACACCAGCACAAGAAACCAUCGGAGGUGUUUCGGACGGACUUCAUCACGGCCAUGAAGCUGCCCGACUCGGCCCAGCUGGGCCCGGACGACUUCUACGUGCUGUCGGACCCGUGGAGGCAAGAGUGGGAGAAGGGGGUACAGGUGCCCGCCAACCUGGACGCCAUCCCACAGCCUGUGGUGCGGUUACUGUCCCAGUCGAUGGGUGGAGCGUCUCCGCCCCCCCGGCCUCCGCCAGGCCCGCUGUACAGCUGCUACGACCUGGACGACACCGACGUGUCCUGGCUGGACCUCGCCAACCGGGAGUUCAGCCAGAUGGCGCUGCCGGAGCUGGACGAGCUGACGAUGGAGGUGGUGGUGGUGGAGUUGGAGCGGGUGUGCGAGGAGAAGAUGCAGCAGGCCAUCGAUGCGGAGGAGGGCCUCGGCAUCGAGUACGACGAGGACGUGGUGUGCGACGUGUGCCGCUCGCCCGAGGGCGAGGACAGUAACGAGAUGGUCUUCUGCGACAAGUGCAACGUGUGCGUGCAUCAGGCGUGCUACGGCAUCCUGAAGGUGCCGCAGGGCAACUGGCUGUGCCGGACGUGUGCGCUGGGCGUCCAGCCCAAAUGUCUGCUGUGCCCCAAGAGGGGCGGCGCCCUCAAGCCCACCCGCAGUGGAACCAAGUGGGUCCACGUCAGCUGUGCCUUAUGGAUCCCCGAGGUGAGUAUCGGCUGUCCAGAGAAGAUGGAGCCCAUCACCAAGGUGUCCCACAUCCCCACCAGCCGCUGGGCCCUGUCCUGCAGCGUGUGUGGAGAGCACACAGGAACCUGCAUCCAGUGUUCCACGCCCUCCUGCAUCGUGGCCUUCCACGUCACCUGCGCCUUCGACCGCGGCCUGGAGAUGAGGACCAUCCUGGCCGAGAACGACGAAGUCCGCUUCAAGUCCUUCUGCCUGGAGCACAGCGGCACCGCCCCCAACGUUUCCAACGGGUGGGCGACCAGACCCGAGCGGGCCGCCGAGCCCCGGUCGGAUUGGCAUCAACCGAGCAGGUGCGGCGACCCGGACCCGAGGUCGCCACCCCAUCCGGUGUCAGUGUCCGAGAGAGCCGAGAGGGACCAGCUGGAGAGGGACAAAGUGAGUCAGCGGAAGCAGAAGCUCCAGGAGCUGGAGGACGACUUCUACCGACUGGUGGACCCUGGCGAGGUGGCGGAGAACCUGGCGCUGCCCGUCACGCAGGUGGACUUCCUCUACCAGUUCUGGAAGCUGAAGAGGAAGUCCAACUUCAAUCAACCUCUAGUGACCUUAAAGCGGGACGAGGUGGACAACCUGGCCCAGCAGGAGCAGGACGUCCUCUACAGGCGCCUGAAACUCUUCACGCACCUUCGACAAGACCUGGAGAGGGUGCGCAACCUGUGCUACAUGGUAACCAGGAGGGAGAAGAUGAAGCACAGCCUAUGUGACCUCCAGGAGAAGAUCUUCCACCUGCAGAUCCAGCUGCUGGAAGAGGACAUGGCCGGAGGUUUGUCCAAGUCCUUCCCAUUGGACGACUCGCUGUUUGACAGCUGGCUGGCGCGUUCCGUGCACAUGGCGGCGGACGACGUGCUCAGCGAGUGGACCCUGGGCUCCAGGCACCGCGACCAGAGCGGCAGCCUUCUGUCUGACCAGCUCCUUCAGGGCGAGGAGAACCUGCUCAAUCUGAUGAUGGAGAACUCAAUGGAGUCCACUUGGAAAACCCCCCAGCUGGGUCGCAAGCCCCGCGCCCGUGGGCCCCGGUCGUCCUGCGGCACAGCCUCACCACGCACGGUUUCGUCAGCGGCCAGCGCCUCCACCGCUAAGAGCCUCUGGCUCGGAGGUGAGGAGGGGGGUCAGGUGGUGCGCAAGGGGGAACGAUCCAGAGGUUCCCCCAGGGUCCUACACCACCACCACCACCAUCACCACCAGACCAGGAGUGCUGAUCCCCGCAGGGACCCGGCGCUGCAGCCCCCCAUCUCCAAAAUGGACUCCUGUCACAUCUCUGAGGAUGGGGGUCCAUGGGACAGGAACACCGACGCAUCAUCUCCCACGCCGCUCUCCAUGCCGCCGCUCCGCCUCCCCCGCCAAGGCAGAUCCAGAAUGCGGAAUGUCGUCAGGUCGGGUUCCGAUCCUAAGGACUCGUCCUCGCUGGACGUCGGCGUGACCGACGGCUACUUUUCGGAUGGCGAGCAGAGCGACUUGGACACACGGCCCACCGGCCGCAAACUCCGCCUGCCGGCGUCGCAUCCUGCCAACGAGGACCUGCUGAGGCGGAGUGUGAUGGCGUCCUAAAGGCGGGAAGCCACGUGUGCCGCUCCGCCGUCCCUCCAGCCGACUGGGAACCAUGGAAUGUAGCUACUAGCUUAGCGGCUAAAACAGGAAACACCUUGUUGGACUUGUGUCCACACACACAAAGACGUUGGGGCAUUCAUGUAAAUAUUCCUAUGGACGCUGCGUUCAGGGUCCCGUUGGGCGGCAAGCGUCGGAAAGCACAACUAGCUAGCAAGUAGCGUUAGCACUGGCUGCUUCAUAGAGAUUAGCAAAGCUCUGAUAGCAACAUUUCUGAUCAUUCUUCUCUUUGCCUGUAAAAGUCUUUUGAAAGUGUGCCUUGUGUCGCGCCCCCGGCCCCCAGCCCCCAGCCCCCAGCCCCCAGCCCCAUGCCCCGCCUCCUCAAUCAUUCAGAAUUUUCCAAAUUCGACUCGUAACAAUCAGAGCCAGAGGACGGCCGCUGGUCGGCUCUGGCGAAUGUCGCCCCGCCUGCGCUCCUUAAAGAAUCCUUGCAGAGUGCCUGAAUGGAUGCAUGAGCAGCGAUUGCCGUCAAUCUCGUCUAAGCCCCGCCCCCCCACCCCGCUAGUGACCAUAUCCAUAACCGAUACGCAGUCACGUUACGUCCUAAAUGUUGCAUCAAUUGGACCACAAAAUACUGCAAAGUAUGGCAGACGUGCUGGAUGGGCCGAGACGUGCUGGUCUAGUAGACGUGCUGGUCUAGUAGACGUGCUAGUCUAGUACACGUGCUGGUCUAGUAGACGUGCUGGUCUAGUAGACAUGCUGGAUAGGAUGAGACAUGCUGGAUAGGAUGAGACAUGCUGGAUAGGAUGAGACAUGCUGGUCUAGUAGACAUGCUGGUCUACUAGACAUACCUGCUGGUCUACUAGACAUGCUGGUCUAGUAGACGUGCUGGUCUAGUAGACAUGCUGUACAGGACGAGACAUGCUGGUCUAGAAAACAUGCUGGAGUGGUCUAGAGGACAUGCUGGUCUAGUAGACAUGCUGGUCUAGUAGACGUGCUGGUCUAGUAGACGUGCUGGUCUAGUCGACAUGCUGUACAGGACGAGACAUGCUGGUCCAGAAAACAUGCUGGAGUGGUCUAGAGGACAUGCUGGUCUAGUAGACGUGCUGGUCUAGUAAACGUGCUGGUCCAGUAGACAUGCUGUAUAGGACGAGACAUGCUGGUCUAGAAAACAUACCGGAGCGGUCUAGAGGACGUGCUGGACUGGUCUAGCACAGUGCUUCUCGGCUGGUUUGGGUGUGGUACCCGCCAUCAGGAUGAGGCGUUUGCUUCCGUUGCUCCGUCGUAGCGAAGGCGGCGGGUGGUUAUCUCAGGGGUUUCAAAGAAUGAAAAUAAAAAUGUGUUGAAUAUAAAAAGCUACAUUUUAUUUUGCAUACAAACGAACCAGACUUAUUAAUAUUUAGAUAUUUAGAAAAAGAAAGAUGGCGGCGGUGGACGUCAACCCACUUCCACUUUCCACAAGCUCCUCUCUUGGGGAAGUCACAUGAUUGGUGGGACCAAUCAGCUGUGGGUGUGGUCACCUGACCCCCCCCCACCACCACCAAACUGAGCAUAAGCUCAGGGUUGUGUUUUGGAGCGGUCUACUUCCUGGUUCCUUGCUAUGCUAACAGGCUCAAUCUGACACAAACACAUUGCUGCUGAACGUGCACGCACACACAUGCACAUACACACACACACAUGCACACUAAGCAGGUUUGGUGUAACAGGGUUGGAAUAGUUCUGGCGUUCCCACUGGCGCCACCAGUGGUAGGAAUGGAAAUGUUUUGGUGUUCUUCAGAGUAGCCGGACUGUCGGUGAUGACAUGACGGACAUGUCGUAGCCAGGCCGCCAGGUGUGGGCGGGGCUAAACAUUGCUCCAUAGCAUGCUCGCUAGCACGCCAUGUUUUCCCGCCCAGACGCUGCGUGUCUCCGGUCAUGUACUCAAGUAUUACUUCUCUAAUUACUAGUUACUGUGAGACGACAAUACCCUCUCCUUCCUUCCUUGCUUCCUUCCUUCCUUCCUUCCUUCCUUCCUAGAUGCUAACAGCCUCAUGUGUCCUGUGCCACUUCCUUCUUUUUUCUGCUGGAUUGCACGUUUGGAUUUCCCUACCAAAGUCGGCUCUGGUCAUGUGACUUUGUUGUUUUCGGGAAUGCUGCCCACUCCAGCUACUCCACGUGCACAUGAACACAUCACGGACCAAGUUGUUUCUGGAGAAGGCAAAAACCACUUUUACAUUUUUCAUUCCAGCCUGGUGUAAAAUUCCCAAUUUGGAAUUUCAUUGGAAGAAUUUGAUUUGAAUGGAAUGGGCUCCACCCCCCAGCACGCUGAGUUGGAACGACAGGAAGUGGAAUGAAAUCGCUCCCGGUCGACUCACCCCACCAGGUCACCUCAGAUACCACAAACUGGGGAGAAAACUAGGGAACUAGAGAAGAAACAUCUCCAAAGUCCUGGUCUCCUUGAAGGUCUGGAAUGAGCAGCACUGCACCCAACAUGGGACAUUCUCCCUUGACGGCCCUGAUGGCUUCCAACGUUACUGGCGUGACAAGGAGAUGCCACCUGAGAUGUUCUCCACCACCGUCAUCCUUCAAUGGAACUUCGGGUCGUGCAGGGGCGUCAAACGGCAUGUUGGCUAUGUGGAGAUGUUGCUCGUGACUGACGGCCCCGGUCCGUGUGUCGGCACUUUGUCAACACUUGACAAAGGACUUCUUCCAGAGGACUUCUUCCAACAUCCACUUGGAUGUUUGAGAAGUUUGGGAGAGCCUUGCUAUGAACGCCGCCUGUGUUGCCUUCAGGAGAUGAUGAGCGUGUGAAUACCUGACGCUCCAUCCUUCCCAGCCUUCCAUCUGCAGCCCAUCCCGCUUCUCUGUGGCUUCACCCCCAUUUCUUCUUCAAGCCCAUGAUCUUCAUCUUGUCAUGUCUCAGGAUUCUGGAACGCAACUGCAGAAACACUUCCACUUCCUGCCAUUCCAAUUCUACUUCCUGUUAGCGAGCGUCAUGCAAAUCCACAGGAUGGAAUUGGAAUUGGCGUGUGGGCCUUGGCACCGUUCCAAAGGACACGAGGAUGGAGAGCCACCAAAAGGAUCAAACCGUGACCUCGGCCAAAGGAGAUGAAUCCAAAAGCCACGGCCGCUGAUGUCCCAAUAUUCCAAGAUCAACUUGAUCGGAGAAAAGUUCCACGUUGAGUCGGACUUCAUUCCCUGCUGAUUGGUCCCGCUGCCUCACGCUACCCAUCUCCGCCAUCAGAAUUCCACGGACCGCUGUGGGGUUCCAUCGAUCCAGCUCUUGAAUGCAACAUUUCCCUUGGGGUCAACGGGUUUGGAGUACAUACAUACUUAAACGUGGUACUGGUACUCGUAUUGGUACUCAGCCCGAUUGAAUCUCAUUGGCAGUGUUCAAGUAGCAAAGUACUCGUAUUGGUACUCGGCCGGAGGGAAUCUCAUUGGCAGUGCUCGGGUAGCAAAGUACUCGUAUUGGUACUCGGCCUGAGGGAAUCUCAGUUAGCAAAGUAAAAAAAGUGUUAAAAGGCCAAGUUUGUGUUUCGGAGCCAAAAAGAGCUUCCAGGAAGUACGCUGACCGAGCUAUCAGAUUACAAGCGUGAUUGUGUCUGUUAUGCGUCAGCGUCUACGUGAUUGGCCGAGAGGAGGCUCCAAGCACGCUUGGGUUGCCUUGGCUACCGGGCGUCUUUCUGCCAUGUGGAGAAAGCGUGCCGGAAUGGUAGGGGCUAGCAAGCAGGGAGGCCAUGUUUAAAAAGCCCGCAUUAUUUCCUGUUCCAUCACCAGAACCCACCCCUUGACUCACCGUUGCCUCUUGAGGCGACCAGCGGUAUUGCUUGACCUUGAAUGGCAACAUGACGCCCCCUGGGGGUGGAAGUGCGGAAAGGCGUGAUGAUUGGAAAAAAAGCCUUUGGCUGGGAAUCCUCAUCUCCAAAUCCAGGACGGAUGUCUGACGUGAAUGUUUGUUAAUAGCAAAGAGAAAUAUUCUACACAGAAAUAUAAGAGCUAUUUUAAAUUAUUAUUUUUGCUCUAUUUAUUUUCUUGGAGGAGGACAAAGUGUAUUUUUCAUUCAUUGUGUGGAAAAGAUAUUUUCUUCCUAUUUGUACAAUGUCCAUGUUUGAAGGCAAUAUGAUGGCGCUAUCUGCAUGCUUUGUGUUGCCUUAGCCACAGCUAGCUGCUCCCACUCUGACACCCCCGGUCCAGUGCCGUCAAUAAAGCAGUGCUUUCUGUGUA